ACAGGAUUGGUACAUGUAGUGUGCAAUUGACAAUAAAAUAACUAUCUGGAUUUGCAUUUUCAUGAUAUAAGAUAAAACAUCAUAAAUCCACAAUGUCUCGUCCAAGUGAUAAAGAAGGGAAGGAAACAAAGGUUGUUGGCAGUUUAACGAUGGAAUCGAUGAAAGCGAUAUCAGAAUCUGUAGCAAUACAUGGUAUAGCGGAUCAGGCAGCAGGUUUUUUAGCAGAUGAUUGUACAUAUAGAAUGAAACAAAUAGUACAGGAGUCAAUAAAGUUUAUGCAGCAUGGUAAAAGAAGAAAACUAACAACUAAUGAUUUUGAUAUGGCUCUAAGAGUUAAAAAUAUUGAGCCUUUGUAUGGUUUUCAUUCACCAGAUUUAAUACCAUUUAGAUUUGCUAGUGGUGGAGGGAGAGAACUCUAUUUUAAUGAAGAAAAAGAAAUGGAUUUACAAGAGAUUGUUAAUACUCAGUUACCUAAAGUACCAUUAGAUAUUGCCUUGAAAGCACAUUGGUUAUGUAUUGAUGGAGAACAGCCAGCUAUACCAGAAAACCCACCACCUGCUACUAAAGAACAACAAAAAGCUCAAAGUUUAGACACAACUAUUAAAAGUCAAAUAGAUAAAGUUAAUAAACCAAAAACUAGCGGAGAGGGGAAGUCAAGAUUAAAACUUAAAGGUGCUGAUAUGGUUAAAUUAAAAAAUAUUACAACACAUGAAUUAUCAGUGGAACAACAGUUAUAUUAUAAAGAAAUAACAGAAGCUUGUGUUGGAUCAGAUGAAACUAGAAGAUCGGAAGCAUUACAGAGUUUAGCUACAGAUCCUGGUCUACAUCAGAUGUUACCUAGAUAUAGUUCUUUUAUAUCAGAAGGGGUAAAGAUUAAUGUGGUCCAACAUAAUUUAGCUUUGUUAAUAUAUUUAAUGAGAAUGGUUAAAUCACUGAUGGACAAUCAAACACUCUUCUUAGAAAAAUAUUUACAUGAAAUGAUACCAGGUGUAUGUACAUGUGUUGUUAGUAAACAGUUAUGUUUAAGACCAGAUGUUGAUAAUCAUUGGGCUUUACGAGAUUUUGCUGCUAGAUUAAUGGCACAAAUCAGCAAAAAUUUCAGCACAAAUACAAAUAAUAUACAAGCCAGAACAACGAAGAUGUAUACACAGGCUUUACGAGAUGAAAGAUCAGCUUUAGCUACUCAAUAUGGGGCUGUAGCGGGAUUGGGAGAAUUGGGAGCAGAGGUUAUAAAAACAUUUUUGGUACCCAAUUUAAAAUUAUUAGGUGAGAGAAUGAGAGCAGCAAUAGAAGGACCAAUAAUAAAUAAUGUAGAUAAAAUAGCUUCUGAUCAUAUCAAAAAAUUAUUAGCAAAGUAUAUGCCAUCUGUAUUAAAGACUAUACAUCCUGUAACAGAUACUGUAGAUGAUUAUACUAGAGAAUAUGGUUAUUUAGGUCCAGGUUUACAUUCAGCUGUUAUAAAAGAAAGAUCUACGAUAAUAACACAAUCAACAACAAAACCUUCACUUAAUAUACAACAGGCACAAAGAAUAGUUAUACAAUCUGGUACUUCUUCACAACCUAGUACACCAACUACACCUCGCUUUCCUACACCUGUCUCAGUUCCACGAACCCCAACUACUCCAUCUAUACCUGGUCAACAAAAAUAUGUUAUAAUGACAUCACAAUCACGUCCUACACAGCCUACUGCACAAUCAAUUUCACUGACCAGUGGUUCGACAUCUUCAGCACCAACCAUUGUCAAGCUGGUCACAAAUCCAGCGCAACAACAGACAAGCACAGUAGGCUCCUCACAAAGUGCAACAGUUCAGGGACCAUCAGGACAGAAGUAUGUUGUAAUGUCAUUACCAAGGGGAGAGGGAGGUAACUCUCAAGCGACCAGUACAAGCACAACAGGAAGUAAUCAAGAUCUCGGUGUAAAGACUAUAUUUACAGGAACACCUGGCAGUUUAUUAAAUGUUAAAAAAGAAGGUGAUCCUCCUACUUGAACAUCAGCGGUAAUUCAAUAAGCUAUAUUGUGUGAUAGUAAAUACAAUAUAAAGACAAUAACAUUGAAAAAUAUUUAACAUGUGUAUGCGUACUGCUACUAGAACAGUUUAAAACAGUAAUAUUUGUAUUGGUUAGAUCAUGUGAUACUGUAAAUAACCACAAAUUGUGAACAGAUGAAAUUGCAAGUCAAUUUGUUAUUGGAUCAUAGAAAAUCUUGAUCAAGAACACAAAAUAUUGUUUUCUUUUCCAACUGAAGAUAACAUGUAUUUAAUACCAAUUCAACAAUCAACUCCAAUAACAGGUGUGUUUUCAUCCAGGCUUUGAUAUUCCAUUUUUAUGCAUUAUUAAAUGUCAUGUUUGUAACCUCUGGA